AUGACUGCCGUGCUUCCCUCCUCCCGAGAGGGCCAUUCGUGCUUUUCUCCAGAUCCCCUCCGAUUCCCGACCACCCAGAGAUAUUUCCUAGGACACCCAGACGAUGCCAUGGAUAAACCGAUAGUGCAUGAUCUCCCGUCCAAGGAGUAUCCCAGCCCGAUCUCGUCCUCUGCGUCUUCUUCCAUCCCACCCUCCCCGGAUUUCACCCCAACUGCUGCAGAUCCCUUCUUCCCGUCCACCCCGACGAGUUCGUUCUCUCUCAAUGGCCAGGACGACCCAGCUGAUGCGGAGAUAUUGUUACCCUGCUAUGAUAGAGAUUUCCCUCACAGGGAAACGAGCACCCUGAGCGAAGUCUCCCUUGAUUCGUUGACGGACCAGCAACGCUCUUCCCCCCAGACCCCUGCCGCCGAUGACAGUUCCAUUGAGGAGGAGCCGUCGCGGCAUGUUGACUAUCUGUCCCAUGAGUGGAAAGAGGAGGAUAUUUGGGCUUCCUGGCGCUACGUGGUCGCUCGCAGGCGGAUCUACGAUAAUGGCGUGCGGUUAGAGAACGCAUCGUGGAGAACAUGGGCAAAACUAAAACAAAACCUCGGCACAGUAUCGCCAGAGGCUCUGAACUGGUUAAAAGACUGUGAUGUAACAUGGUUGUAUGGCCCGUUGAAAGCUUCCACCGUGCGCGAGAAAGUGUUGAAUGUCUCUCCUCCUCCCAGCUGCUCGGAGACGCCCACCCUAGAUAUGGAUCGAAAAUCAAUCCUGAAAAAGCGAACAGCGUCGGAGACUAUUCUACAACGUUCUCUGUCCCAGCACACUCUUCUGCAACAUGCGGGUGCUAUUCUCAUGGCCCAAGAGGCCGAGCAUUCUCGCAGUCGGCCCACAUUUUCUAGCUAUCCCUCUGAUUUUGGCCCAAUGGUCAAUAAAUCCUAUUCCAACCCCCUCCAGACUCCGCUCGAUGGGACAGCGACGAAUACUUCGCUUUCAGGCGUCAGUUCGCCCAGCGAACAACGCCACAUUCACUUCAAUGAUGAAGUGGUACAAUGCAUCGCGGUAGAGGCAAAAGAGGACGAUGAAUGGCCUAAUGCAUUGGGAGACGAUUAUGCAUUGGGAGAUGAUUCAUCCUCAGAUGACGGUAUCGUAAUGAAACCAGGCCCCCUCGAUGCUUCGGCCAGCGGGAGAAGCACUCCUCGUGGCAGCUUUAGCAGCGAAAACAAAACAAUUGCCCCACUCCCAUCUACUACGCUGAAGUAUCGCGGCGAUACUCCAGACCCCUUACCUAGCUCAAUUAUGAAUCGUUGGUCCGGGUAUCUUUCCGGAUCCCGGUCAUCAUCUUCGUUUUCCCUCGAAACGAUCCGGCCGUCUGACCGGUCUUCUAAUGCUGCCUCUUUGGACGAGGAUACUAAUGAUCUAGGGUUCGAUUGGGACCCUACCAAAGAUUUGGACCACUCCUACCGCCCAUGGUUUGUGAACUCGACGGAGGAGGACGACGAUCAGCUUGACCAGAACCAUCAACUUGCGUCGAUGGGAUUUCCAACUUACGACGAGGCGGAACCCUUGAAUACUAGCAUUUUUGACAAAGUCGUUGAUACUGUCAACACUGCGAAAGACAUCGCCCACGUAAUCUGGAACGUCGGUUGGCGGCGAUAA